AAGAAAACAAAAGUUGAAUUGCUACGGUGGAGUUGUAUAAAUAUAGCAGAGAUUCCAAUCCACCUCCACUCAGCAAAGCUGACUCUUCUUCUAACUUUCUAUUUCUUCCAAGAAUAACUAAUUUUUCUCUUUUUUCUUGUCACAAGAAUCAUAACAAGAUUUAUAUAAAAGUUUUCAUUAAACCUCUGUUUCUUGUUUCUGUUCUGCUCUGUAUUUUCGACAAUUCUCUCUGUUUUGUGUCCUUUCUUAUUUUCUGGGAAUCUGUUUUUAUGGAAAUUUAAUUCAAAAUCCUAUUAGAAGAAGAAAGAAAAAAAACGAUUGGAGCUAUGGCUGUUGAAGAGAACAAGAACAAAGAAAGCAAAGAUCAUCAAGAGAUAGAGCUUCAUAGGAACGACUUAGGCCUCGAAGAUUCAUCAUCGCCAAGAGGUGUUCUUGGAAUGGUUUCAGAUUCUGACAACAGCAGCAGUAGUUGCAGCUCUUGUUCCUCUGAUGAUAAAUCAUCAUCAACAUCGUCACCAUUUUCAAAUACUACUAAAAACGUUUCGUCUUCUUCCCAUGGUCUUCAAUGGAACAAAAUGAUUGAAUCUAUCAAGAAGAAGUCCAUGAGACGAUUCUCUGUCAUUCCUCUUCUUGCAAGUUAUGAACUCACCCGUAAAAACUUGCGUCGUAAGCAACCUAAGCUCUCUCCCUCUGAGAAGGCCUUUACCUGUGAAGCCUUCUUUAUGGCUAAACCCUCUUGGAGAAACUUCACUUACGAAGAGCUCGCUGUAGCCACCGAUUAUUUCAAUCCUGAUAAUAUGAUUGGGAAGGGAGGUCAUGCGGAGGUAUACAAAGGGGUUUUGCUUAAUGGUGAGACGGUAGCUAUUAAGAAGCUGAUGAGUCACGCCAAGGAAGAAGAAGAAAGAGUGAGCGAUUUCCUUUCAGAGCUUGGUAUAAUCGCACAUGUAAACCACCCAAACGCAGCUAGGCUUCGUGGUUUCAGCAGUGAUCGCGGUUUGCAUUUUGUGCUUGAGUACUCUCCCUAUGGCAGCCUUGCUUCUAUGCUCUUUGGAUCAGAGGAAUGUCUAGAGUGGAAGAUAAGGUAUAAAGUGGCUCUAGGUAUAGCUGAUGGUCUGAGUUAUCUUCACAAUGCUUGCCCAAGACGGAUCAUUCACCGUGACAUCAAAGCUUCUAACAUAUUGCUCAACCGCGAUUACGAAGCUCAGAUUUCAGAUUUCGGACUUGCAAAAUGGCUCCCAGAGAACUGGCCUCAUCAUGUUGUAUUCCCCAUUGAAGGAACAUUCGGAUAUCUAGCUCCAGAGUACUUCAUGCACGGCAUUGUUGAUGAGAAGAUUGAUGUGUUUGCCUUUGGAGUAUUGCUUCUAGAGAUCAUAACCAGCCGCCGAGCUGUUGAUACUGCAAGCAGGCAGAGCAUUGUUGCAUGGGCAAAACCUUUUCUUGAGAAGAAUAGCAUGGAGGACAUUGUGGAUCCUCGGCUAGGAAAUAAGUUUAAUCCAACAGAGAUGCAACGGGUGAUGCUAACAGCUUCAAUGUGUAUACAUCAUAUAGCCGCAAUGCGACCUGACAUGACCCGGUUGGUGCAGCUGUUGCGUGGAGAAGACGGGCCAGCUGAGCUGCAGCAGAAGAAAGGGGAAAGAGCGGUGAGUGUAAACGCAUGCGAUCUACAAGAUCACACCUCUUCCUCGUACCUCAACGAACUCAGUCGCCAUAGGCAACUCUUGAUGGAGUAAGUAGAAGCAGUAAGAUCAACUUAAUCCCUAAUAACAAUGCCUCCCCUUGUAGAGUAAACAAGAAGAACUGUUUAUCUUCCUCUACCUUUUUAGAUUUUUAUUUUCUUGACUUGAGUUUUGCUUGGUAUUCUCCAUUGGUUGCUUUUUUUUGCUUUUCCAACCAAAACUGUGAAUAUCAUCAACAUGUGUCUCUCUGUUGUUCUACUUGAACUUUGUUAGUUUCAACCUCGAAAAGAGUUGUCAAUUUGUUAA